GAUGACCGAAGGUGCAUACUUGAAUCAUUGAAUAAUUACAAAACAGAGGUCGUUUGGAAAUGGUGGGUAGUGAUGAUAAAUCUGCAAUUGUCUACGACAUAACGGGCUUUAACCGAUCUCAAGUAGUUAAAAAACUUGAAGACAUUUUCAACGACAGAGGUUAUCAAAAAAAGGAGUUUGUUUUUUAUUUGGGAAUCUCUAAAGUCGACGAAACACUAGAAUUUCGCAAGUUGUUCAGACUAGAACCAUAUCCAUCGCCUUAUCAACCCGGUUAUGGAUUUAUGAAAGUAUUACAAGAUCGGAAAUUUAUUCGCAGAUAUUACAACCAAUGCUUAGUUGAUGAGCUGAAUGAAAAAUAUGGCCGCAAAACCUCUUUGUUGGCUGAACAUCUUGAGAAACUGUUCGAGGACAAUAGCAAUAUAGCUGAAUACUCAUUCGUAACUUCAGAAGUGUACAUUCUUUGGCUAUUCGAAAUAGCGAGACGAAGAGUAGAGGAUUCGAUGAACGCACCCAAACUAAAGGAAGCGUACGACGAACACAAGAUUGAUGGAGCAAUUACACAACUCAUAAAACUGAUGAAAAAUGAUAGUUGCCAAUUCCAAGAGAUAUUUUUGAUAGAAGGAACAUUUCAUUGCUUCAGUGACUUUCCAUCAAAGAGACAAACUGCAAUUGAUAAUAUUAAAGAGAAACUUAAGUCUCCUUAAAAACAUGCAUCGCAAGAUAAGGACGUCGAAAAAAUGAAGCAAAGCAUGAGUGAAGUUUAUCUGUCGGAAAAGUAGAAAUCAAAAGUUACCAAGUAAAAAGCCCUUUUGCAAAGCUUCCUCGGCCCUACUGCCGAUAGUAAUCCCCUUUAUUUGAGAGAGAAAUGCCAUGAAAGAAGUUUCUCAAAGGGAAGUCAAAACCAUUCCAAAGGAAAUAUUGAUCUCAGCGUCCGCAUAUGCCUCUUUCACCGAUCAGCGUCAAAAUAUAUUUCUGUAGUGACGCAAAGUAAAUUAAGUUUCGAUUUGAGUUACUUAGCAGUUUUGUAACAGCUGGCUGAUUAUUGAAGCGUAGUUUAUGUUGUAGCGGUGCAGGCACUUUUAAGUCUAUGUUUUGAACUCGUAACUAUGUAAGGUUUUUAUUAUGUGGUGGGGAAGGAAUUUUUCCUGCCGAAACGAUAAAAAAAUCUCUAAUGAUUCUUCCUUUUAAUAAGCGAUGAGUAUUUUCUAAGAAUAAAAUUAUUUCAAUUUAUCAAGGUUACGUUCUAUUUAGAUCAAGUGUGAAUGUUAUUUACCUACUAUUAUGUGAGGACAUGAAUUUGUAAAUAGCCCUAUGCUAUCAGUCUGAAAAACUCUGCGGCGGUGUAGUUUUGUAGUUUGUGGAAUUGCCCACCCUUUUCACUACAAGUCCCUCGUUUGAUUAUUUUUUUCCAAAAAAAAAGUGGUUCAGUGAGUGAUUUUCGGAAAAUGAAUAAAACGAAGAGU